GAAAACGUGUUACAGUGCAGUAGAUAGGACGACUCCAACAUCGGAACGAUUGCUGCCGGAGCUGCCAUGUCGCACUUAAUACGACCGAUAAGGCAAUUAUCGCCGCAGUGCCAUCACCAUUUUCGUAAUCUCAGCUAUUUCUUCUCCAAAAAGCUUAAGCACCCACCUGCUUCUUCUUCUUCCUCUAUCCCCACUCUUCUUCUCUCCCAAUCUUUCUCCACCGCCAGGUCUCCACCUCGUCGGAGACUUCGUCCCGCGCCACCGGAAGCUCUCAUUCCAACUCUCAUCGCUGAAGACGAUGGUGAUAGCGAUGGCGGCGAGUCUGACUCUUCGAGGAGCCGCAACCAGAGGAAGCGUGACGCUCGCCGCGCCGUACGAUGGGGUAUGGAGCUCGCUUCCUUCUCCAGUGAUCAGAUUAAGAGGAUUAUGAGAGCGGCCUCGCUUGGUGAAGAGGUUUAUGAUGCAUUGAUGCUUGCCAAGAGACUAGGAUCAGAUGUUCGAGAAGGAAGGCGUAGACAUUUUAACUAUAUCGGGAAACUGUUGCGUGAAGUUGACCCUGAUUUGAUGGACACUCUGAUUCGUGCCACAAAUGAGGGUGACCACACAAAGCUUCAGGCGCUGAUUAGUUCUGCAAAGGAUGGCGCAGAUGUUGCUGGAUACAGCAGUGUUGAUUAUUCAGAAACAGAGUCGGAAGAUGAAGUGGAGAGCUCAGAAGAAUAUAUAGCUAUAGCUGCGAGAUGGUUUGAUGGCCUGAUCAGUCAGAAUGUGGAACUCACAAAAGAAGUUUAUUCUCUUCAGAGUGUUGAUUUCGAUCGACAGGAAUUGCGUAAACUUGUUCGGAAAGUACAGUUGGUUCAUGAGCAGAGAAAAGGCGUAACCCCGGAGAACCAGAAAGAAGUCGAUGCUGCAUUGAUGACUGCUGAAAAGUCUCUGAAACGAUUUCUCCAUUCCAUGGCGAAACAAAUGCAGAGUGAGCAGAGCGAUUUAUAUGUAUGAAUAAGACAUGCGUUGAUCAAUAUGUGUAUACCCUUAAACCGAGUCCAAACCGAAUAACCGAAAUUUGGGUUCGGCUUGCUCGAUUCGGUUAAACUGGCCAGGCCUAGGAAUGGGACCGAUAUAGCAUCAUAGAAGAAAGACCCAAUUGAACUAUAGUCUGACUUUAGCUUAUCAGUUAUCUUAUGGAUCUUCUUUUUCUCCUUUGUUUUCUGUUAUUAUCUUUUCCCUCCUUUUGUUCUUUUUUUUAUUUUUCUCUUUUCUUUUUACAGCCCAAGUUUUUGCCUUUCUCGUCAUCUCUUUAUCAAUGUAAUCCUAUUAGGACA